CGCGAGCCGCCAUCUUGGAGGCCUUGCUUGCGUUCUAAAAUUUUUGCUUUUUUUCGAAAAAACAACCUGAUCCGAUCUUGCUUUGGGAGAAUCCAAUACGAAUCAGACAUGGCUGGGGAGGAUCAGGUCUACUAUCGGUACCUGGAGGGCCUGCGCUCACAUUCCUAUCGAGAGGUGCUAAGCGCAUUGGUUGGCAUUCGUACCCUGCUGCAAGAUAAAUCGCCCGUCAAGAUUGCGACCAAACUUCGCUCAACAGGGAUCAUCAAAAUCCUUGUCAAGAUUAUCCAUAAAAAGUACAGCAAAAUUCUAUCGUUGGCUCUUAGCAUCCUGAGCACCUGUGCCCUGGAACUAGACACUAGGAUAAUGUUGCUGAGACUCGGACUGCCAGCGUUGCUAGUUAAAAUAAUGAAAGAGACCGAGAACGACUCUAUUCUCGGCAGAGUCUGUCGUUUCAUUGGCAACCUUGGCGCCCUUCCAGCCGCCUCAAUGGAAUUCCACAGUUGUGGAGCCGUAGCCGUGCUGCUUAAGCUCAUUGAGAUCGGUGACCACAAUAAAAGCUCUUCUGAUACCAAGCAGAUGGCUAUCAGGGCGCUUAGGGUAAUGGGUGACACUCGGGAAAAUCGGACUGAGCUGUUGAAGCAAGAGGUCGUCAAGCACAUUGCCGCUCAUCUGGCGCAGGACGAUGAAGCGCUAGUGAAAUGCACCCUAAAAACUUUGAACUCCUUUAGUACAACCGUAGAAGGCGCUCUCCAGAUCAUGUCUUCAAGCAGUGCUCAGGGCUUUGAAACGCUGGUUCGACUGGCUAAGGAUGAACGCAGCUCGGAGAGGGCUAUCACUUGCAUUUGUAAUCUGACCACAGUUGAGCCUGUGCGGCCGGACUUAGGCAAGGUCGGCGCUAUCACGAUCAUAUUUGAAGAGCUUAAGAAGACUGACUCCAAAUGUGAUCCACGGGCGUUGAUUACAACCCUAGACCGGUUUUGUUGCGAGUGUGUGAACCGGAUCCGCAUCAAGGACAAUGAUCACAUUGGUGACCUGCUAGACCUCCUGCGUUCAACGCGCUUUUGCCACCUUCACGACAUUGUUAUCAGGGCGCUGGGACGCUUCCAUUAUGAUGAGAAGAACUUGACCCUGUUUGUGCAGAAAGGCCUAGUGUCUGUGCUGGUGAGUAAGGUCCGCCAGUUUGUGCGCACCCUACUGCCGAUUGGACACGCCUUCCAGCCUUUUAGGAUUGACUACUCCUGCAUGGACAGUGACUCGGACAUUGAAAGCUUCAUCAGCUCACAACGCUCGCAUCGGGGGUCUCCAGCUGCAAGUCCGUCAGCCAGCCUGUCUUCGCAGUCGCCGCAGCGGAGUCCGUUAUCGCUGACAGCAUGCAGAAGUCCAGCGUACAGUAUCACGUCGUCGUCGGCGGCCGACAAUUACUCACCAGUGUACGACGAGAGCAGUGACGAUGAAGAUGACGACUGUCUCGCGCUGAUUGGCCACGAAGAUGAGUACAUCUGUUCUAUCCUGGCGAACAGGAACGAGACGGACAAGCGGCAGCGCUAUGUGACCAGCAUUUUCAAAAUGCUGCAGCGCAUAUCUACCUUUGACUGGGCCACAUCUGAGAUGACGGUACCGGCCGUUGUCAAUACGCUUGUUGCCGCUAUUAUCAGUGGCGAAAUGUACCAAGAAGCGUCCAGCACGUUGUCCAAUGUGAUGAGCAAACACGAGUUUCUGCUCCCAUUGGUUCGACAGCGAUAUGCGACUUUGGUGUACAACAAGCUGGGCGUUUGGCGGCAUGCAGGCAACUGCAAUAUUUGCCGCAAGCGCGAAAAGUACGCCAAGAGCAUCUUCAGCAAUAUGAUCCAAAUGACCGAUUCUGUUUGCGCACGUGGUGAGCUUUCCUAUGUGCUACAGAAAGGCACUGAAAAGGACAAAAUCAGUACCGCACUUGCCAUUCCCUACAUCGUUCGGACUGUGGGCAACUUUCGAGAACUGCUGCUGGGUAAGGAACAAAAGGGCUUGGCCCUGCUCCUUGACCUUGUAGAGGAUCCUGUUGAGUGCUCAGCUGCUGUGCAGUCCAUUUUCGUGUUGUCCAAGUGCAUGGACAUCUCAUACACUGAGGCGGCUGAAGCUGAGACCCCCCUCUUUGACGGCUAUACUCCCAGUGCUGAGUCGCCCAGUAGCAUUGUCAAAUUCCUCCUGGACGACGGGUCCGUCAUUAAGGCUGACAAAGCUGCAAUCUCGGAUGCCUCAGAGUAUUUCAGCACCAUGCUCUUUGGUGAUUUCAAGGAGUCAAAACAGGAUGUUGUCUGUCUCAAAGAGGUGAGCAAGUCCAGCCUGGUGCUGCUACUUCUUUACUGCAGAAGCUACGUUGAUGAUCUGGUGGUGUCAGUGGGCAAGCCUGAGGUGGUCGCCGUGCUGGACCUGCUUCUUAUUUCAGACAGGUACCUGAUUUUUGAACUGAAAGAAAAGCUGCGAGAAUACGUGAAAGCGAAUUACUUUGACUCGGAGAACCUGGCAAACGUGUUCCGGUGGUGCCACCAGAAAAUGGAGCUUGAGUGUGGCGACGACGUUUUGGGCAUCUAUGAUGACGCGUGCGCCUUUCUGCUCUGCAGCAGGAUCAGCCAACACCAGCGACUGCACAUCUUCAAGAGUGUGCUCAAAGAGCCUGAUGCGUGGUCUAGGCUCAAGGAAUGUAUAACCUGCAAGCUUGAGCACAAGCUGCAAAUGGGCUUCCGACACGACUCAGUGCUAAACUUUCGUUUCAACUAUUCAAUGUUUGAGCAGAACGACUAUCAGUUCUUAAACGCAUGCUAGUGCUUAGAGCCAGCUGGUUUUGUUUUUCAUAAGUCUGCCAAUUCUGCUGAUUUUGUGAUUUUAGUCUGGACCGAUAUUUGCAUUUUAAGAACCAAAGAAUUAUGUUGUGUAUCGUUAUUGGUUUUUUAUCGCAUAUUAUACAAGAAGAACACUUUACAAUGAGAUUAUUAUUUCUUGUUAAUUUUUUGUUUCAAAGUCCAAAAGGUCAUGCUACUUAAAAUUGCUAGUGAGAAUUAAAGCGUCAUUGCUAUCCUGAUGUGAUUUAAACGUUUUUCCCAAAUUCAUAUGAUACUGAAAUUAAACGUUGUAAAUAAUAAUAAAAGAGACUUGAUUAAGUCGUAGUUAAAUGAUAAAUCAA